AUGACGAAAAUUCGACAAAAACGUGAAGAGGUUACGGCUCAUUUUCAAGAAGCUAACAGUAUAGAAACAGUAUCGAAAUCAAUGACGCUGUCAAAAACGUUUCAAUUGAAAGAAAUGACAGAACAGAACUGCAAAGAGAAUAAUAAUGAUAAAUUGGCGAAAUCAGUGCUGGAGCAUUUGAUGCUUUCGUAUGAUCGUAAAACGAUACCAAUGACAGAAGGCGUUAACGUGAAGGUUGAUCUAAUGGUUCAGGCUAUUUCUAGUAUAUCCGAAAUGACUGCAAGUUUUACUGCCGAUGUGUUUUUUAGCCAGAUUUGGCUCGAUCCUGGAUUGGCGUUCGAAAAUAUUACCAAAUGCUUGGCUAAUUUAACGCUCAGCCAUCGUACCAUUGAUGAUAUUUGGUUGCCCAACGUGUGUUUUCAGAACAGUAAAUCUACCUCAAUACAUAAUAGUCCAACACCAAAUAUAUUUUUGCUUAUCUAUCCGAAUGGCACAAUUUGGGUCAAUUAUCGGGUAAAGGUAGAAGCACCAUGUGAGUUGGAUAUGUCAUCAUUCCCGAUGGAUGUGCAACGAUGUACCAUAACCUUUGAAUCUUAUUCUUUUAAUGUUGAUCGUGUGCGAUUGGAUUGGUUCGAAACAGCUGUUAUUUUGGAUUUGCAGGGAAAAUUGCCAGAUUUUGAAUUAACACAUUAUGCAUGGCAAAAACAACAAUUUUAUUACCCUGCGGGACAAUGGGAUCAGCUGAAAGCAACUUUUUACUUUCGUAGAACCUACGGUUAUUACAUUUUACAGCUAUAUAUGCCGACGUAUGCAUCUGUUUUCAUUAGCUGGAUAGCUUUUUGGAUCGAUUCAAAGUGUUUGCCAGGUCGAAUAACCCUUGGUGUGUCUUCAUUGAUGGCACUUACAUUUCAGUAUGGCAAUGUGGCUCGAAGUUUACCGAAAGUUUCUUAUGUGAAAGCAAUGGAUGUUUGGAUAUUUGCAUCUAUGGGCUUUAUAUUUUUUUCAUUGGUUGAAUUAGCCAUUGUUGGACAUGUUGAUAAAACUGCAAAGAAGGAGGAUAAUCGUCAAGAGGAAACUUCCGACAAAAUGGAAAAUAAGAAAAACUGUGUCAGAUGCAACUACCAAACGAAGGUUCGAAAAAGGCAUAAUGUAUCAUUGGAAGCAUAUGAAGUAACAAAGGAUGCAAAUGAGAUUCACGGACUACAAAAAAUUUGCUAUCACGAAUCGUUGAGUUCUAAGAAUAUUUCAAAAUGGCCGAAAUCUAAAUGGACAGGCGAAAGGGUCGAUAAACUUUGUCAGUUCAUUUUUCCACUAUCAUUCAUAUGUUUUAAUUGCUUUUAUUGGAUAUACUACACCACGGAAUCAUCGGAACAAAUGGCAAGAUUACUGGAUGAUGCCAACUUUACCGGAGGGUCUUUUCUGGUAGUACAGCAAAAUAUCAGAUAA